AUGCUUGUCGAUACGUCUGGACAACGCAAUCUUCUCGUUUAUUUCCGUGCAUGCUGGCGAGGUGAGCGUCAAUCUGGCCAUGUCUGCCUUGACGGCCACCACUCUUGCUCCCGUGGCGGUAGAGCCAAUAUUCACCAUCAACACGUCGUCAACCUCGAGCUUUCUCACACGGGCCUGUUUCUGGCCGUCGGUCUUGACUCCCAACAGUCUUCUCAGAAGGAAGUAGUUGAUCUCGAUGUCUGUGAAAACAGAAGGCAGGUGGCCCUUAGAACCAACAACCUGUCCAACCAAACGGUCGGCUCUACACAGAGUAGGGUCGAUGUUGGUUCCCACACCAAUCAGUCCUCCUGGAACGGCAAACUUUAG